CGUCCGGCUGCAGCGGGUCAGAAAGAUUCAAAGAGAAGUUUGGUUGCAUCAUGAGACUCCUCAUCAUUGUCUCCAUGGCAAUGCUCGCCUCCACGGAGACGCUAGUCUCCACGGCGAUGUACGGCAGCCUGCAGUCUCCAAACUUUCCCGAGUCGUAUCCCAGGGAAACGGAGCGUCGCUGGAACGUCAGCGUUCCUGAAGGUUUCCACGUCCAGCUCUAUUUCAGCCACUUCCACCUGGAGCCGUCCUACAUGUGUCAGUACGACUACGUCAAGGUGGAGGCUGAGGGGGUGGAGCUGGCCUUGUUCUGUGGGACGGAGGACACGGACACGGAGGACGUCCCGGCUCAGAGGAUCCUCACGUCCCCCAGGAACUCGCUGAGCCUCCUGUUCUCCUCCGACUUCUCCAACGAGGAGAACUACUCUGGCUUCAUGGCUCACUACAGCGCUGUAGACGUGGACGAGUGCAGCGAGCGAACUGACGAGAAUCUGCUCUGUGAUCAUUUCUGCCACAACUACAUCGGAGGAUACUACUGCUCCUGUCGCUAUGGUUACCAGCUGCACUCGGACAACCACACCUGCACAGUGGAGUGCAGUGGUGGUGUGUUCAGGGAACGCACCGGAGUUCUGAGCACCGUCGACUUCCCCGCUCCGUACCCGAAGAGUUCCGAGUGUUCGUACCGCGUGGAGCUGGAGGACGGCUUCAAGCUCCGCCUCCAGUUUGACGAUCAAUUUGACGUGGAGGAUCACCCCGACAUCAUCUGCCCGUACGACUACGUCAAGAUCGAAGCAGGAAGUCGAGUGUUCGGCCCGUUCUGUGGGCGUCGGUCUCCAGGACUCAUUGAGGUCGACAGCAACGUCGUCACUGUCUCCUUCCACAGCGACGACUCUGGAGAGAAUCUGGGCUGGAGGCUAAGCUACACGGCUACAGGAAGUCGGUGUCCAGUGCCAGAGACUCCGCCCCAUGGCCUGAUGACUCCCAUCCAAUCAGAAUACUCCUUCAAAGAUCACGUGGUCUUCAGCUGUGAGCCCGGAUACAGACUCCUCAAGGACGGUGAGCAGCUGGACCAUCUUCAGACGAACUGUGAAGCUAACGGGUCCUGGAGCAGUCGGCCUCCUCCCUGUCAAAUGGUGGACUGUGGGAGUCCAAAGAUGGUUGCCAUGGCUGAUGUGGUGUUUAGUAACCAUGACAACAGCACGUUGUUUGGAGCGAAGGUCCAGUACGUCUGCAGGGACGACACGGUCCAGCAGGACAAUGGUUCAUACACAUGUGGACGCAAAGGAGACUGGGUGGACUCAGAGGGCGGAGCCAAACUACCUGUCUGUCUACCAGGCUGUGGUCGUCCAUCCCGGUCUCUGUCCCCCCAGGUGAAGAGGAUCGUGGGGGGGCGUGGUGCUGUCCCUGGGCUCUUCCCCUGGCAGGUGCUGCUCGGUGUGGAGGACAUGUCCCGGGUCCCUGAGGACCGCUGGUUUGGUUCCGGGGCCCUGUUGUCCGAGUACUGGGUCCUUACGGCAGCACAUGUCCUCAGGUCCCAUAGGAGGGACACUAGUGUCGUCCCCGUGUCCCCAGAGCACGUCAAGGUCUUCCUUGGUCUUCAUAACUCCAGAGACAAACGUCUGGCCACCAACCGCUCUGUGGACCAGAUCGUCCUCCACCCGGACUUCCAGCCCCACAACUACAACAACGACAUCGCUCUGCUGAGGCUGAGCCAGAGGGUGGACUUCACCCCACUGGUCCGUCCCGUCUGUCUCCCCCCCCCCCACAGACCGGACCUCCUCCCUGCGCCUCCUCCCAACUCUCUGGGUGUAGUUGCUGGCUGGGGGAUCUCCUCCCCUUCCUCCUCCUCCUCCUCCUCCUCCUCCUCCUCCACCUCCUGGGACCUGGGAAUGACCUCUGACCUCCUCCAGUUCGUGAAGCUGCCCGUGGUCCCUCAGGGCGAGUGCCAGGCGAGCUACGCCUCCCGCUCCGUCCGCUACAACAUCACCGACAACAUGUUCUGCGCAGGUUUCUUUGAGGGGGGGCAGGACACGUGCCUGGGGGACAGCGGAGGGGCGUUUGUAAUGGAGGACGAGGUCAGCCGGAGGUGGGUGGUGUUUGGGCUGGUGUCCUGGGGGGGUCCAGAAGAGUGUGGGAGUCAGAGGGUGUAUGGAGUCUACACCCGCGUGGUCAAAUACGUGGAGUGGAUUCAGAGACACCUCCACGCUGCCCCCUGGUGGCAAGAUGCAGUGGGACAUGUCUGACCUCUGACCUCGUCACUGGGUCACGUCGUACAUGCUAACAUGCUAACAUGCUAACGUGUAUUUAACCUUUAAAUAUUCAUUCACUCCUCGUGAUGUUAGUUUAUUAUUCUCCUUAUUAUUUAUCUGUUUUAACACAUUUAUAUUCAACACAGUUUCCUCUGAACUUCACAGAUUUUAUUAAAUAAAUGAAACAAA